AUGCUCUUCAAGAACGCCUCCUUCCUUUUUCCCUUAGUCCUGCCCCUAGGUGCCCUGGCGUCUUCAGGCCCCGGAAAUGGCACCUCGGGCUUCAUGACAUUUCAACCGGGCUUCAAGGCCAUUCUCGGCGAGCACCCGAAACUUGAACUUCUCCAUGAAAAUAGGACAUAUCCCUUCGCCCAUGAAGCUCCAGUCUACAUCCCGGACACAGGUGACCUCUUCAUAGUCGGCAACUACCAGACCCCAACAGGUGGCCAAGCGAUCCAAAUCUCCCGCAUGGUUCCCCAGAAGAAUGGCAGCUAUGUGCGCGAGAUCAUUCACCCCGACAUUCCCAUGGCCAACGGGGCUAUCAACUACAAUGGCGGCAUUCUUUUCUGUGACCAGGGCACAAAAGAGCGUCCUUCUUCCCUGAUCUUCAUGAACGCGACCGCCCCCUACGAGACCAAAGUCCUGCUCGACAGCUUCUACGGCCGUCACUUUAACAGUCUUAACGACCUCGACGUGCAUUCAGACGGCAGUAUCUGGUUCACGGACCCGACAUACGGCUACGACCAGGGCUUUAGCAUGAAGCCGGACCUGCCAAACCAGGUCUACCGAUUCAAUCCCAAAACCGGCGACGUGCGCGUGGUGGCUGACCAGAUUGGCCAACCGAAUGGCAUUGCCUUCUCGCCGGACGAGAGUAUCGUCUAUGUAACCGAUACCGAUGCUGUUUGGGGAAACGGCGAUAAUGACUCCACCAGGCCUGCGACUAUCUACGCUUUUGACGUCAAAUACUACUCCGGUUCUCCUUUCCUUAUGAACCGCCGUGUCUUUGCGUACACCGAUAACGGCAUCCCCGACGGUGUCAAAACGGACACCGAGGGCAACGUGUAUGCCGGGUGCGGCGAUGGAGUCCAUGUCUGGUCCCCCGCCGGUGUGCUGCUGGGCAAAAUCCAGCUUCCUGGCACCUCGGCCAACCUGGCGUUUGCCAAACCUGGCGAGAUGUUUGCGCUGAACGAGUACCGGCUCUGGAAGGUUACUCUGAGCCAGAAUGUUCAGGGGACUAUUCUCAAUGAACUUUAA